AUGCCGCGAGAAGCGUUAAAGAUGAGGCCUUAUUUUGACGAUUCCGCUCUUGGGAGGGAGGUCAACUCGGAGGAGGAAGCAAGGGAAAUCCAGGAGGUCCGAGGGAGAGAAAGAGAGAGUGGCAGGGCGGAGGAUGGUUGGUUUCCAGUUCCUUCUGGGAAACGUCUCAAGAAGUCCGCUAAUACCCCAGCUAAACGCUGCCGUGAUCGCCCUGCUCAGGCACCCACCCCUACUUCUGCUCCCCCUGAUUCUUCCCCAGCUCCUGCAUCUCCUUCCAUGGAAUCACCACCGGCUCAUGCUUCUACAUCAUCAGCCCUGGCUUUUCCACCUGCCUUUAUUGCUUCCAUGGACUCCCUGCAACGCUCUAUCUCUUCCCUAACACACCAUCUUCAGAACUUCACUGCUCGCACUGCCACAUCAGCUGCUCCACCUCCACCUGUUCCUCCGGUCACUCAGGCCGCUACUAGGCCCCACGUGCCGGCAUUUACACUAGAUAAUGCCAUCCCAGGAUCAUCUUUAGCACUUCUAGAUCUGGAGACAGUAGCCCAACUUCUCCAAAAAGAGGUUUCCAAAGAUUACAUGGCAGGCCCAUUCAAUUUCCGCCCCCCCUUUUCUCUUUUCCGCAUCAGCCCCCUGGGGAUCGCCACCAGAAAAUAUUCAGGAAAGAAAUGCCUUAUCAUUGAUCUAUCUGCUCCUCACUCAAGUCCCCUGCACAGCAUUAAUUCCCUCAUUCCAAAAACCCCCUUUUCCUUGUGCUAUGCUACGGUGGAUCAUGCCAUCAGACUUAUUAAGAUAGCAAGACGGGGAGCCUGGCUUGGCAAAGCCGACAUCAAAUAUGCUUUUAAAGUCAUGACAGUGCAUCCUUCUCUGUGGCAUGUCUUAGGCGUAAAGUGGAAUCGCCGCUUUUACUUUGUGGUCAGGCUCAUUUUUGGCUGUAGAAGCAGCCUGUUUCUCUUUAAUAAAUUGUCAGAAGCUUUAUGUUGGAUUCUUCUGAACAUCAUAAAACUUCCCAUCGUCCUUCAUCUCCUCGACGACUUCUUCCUUAUCAAUCCUCCUUCCCCCUCACCUCCCCUGUCCCCAGAGAAAACGUGAGGUCCAGCAAAACAAAUUGAGUUCCUUGGCAUUUCUUUAGAUUCAGAAGCAAUGAUCCCUUCACUGCCUGAGGAAAAACUGGCUCGCAUUCGAGAAGUCUUCCAGUCUUUUCUCUCCUCUUCAACCAUUUCUAAGCGGCAACUGUUGUCCCUGCUGGGCCAUCUUAACUUUGCCAUGCGCAUUAUUCCCCAAGGCCGUUCAUUCAUCUCCCGUCUUCUGGACCUGGCUAAUUCCAAUCCCUCUCUUCUACACACAGUUUCUCUGGAUGACGGCUGCUGCUCAGAUUUAGCUUUUUGGUCCAAGCUUCUUAGGAACUGGAACAGACUUUCUUUUUUCUAUAAUGACUUUUCUCAUUCAGCCAACGCUCUUCAGUUUUUCACGGACGCAGCCUCGUCCGUAGAUUUUGGAGGGUUCUUUAAAGGGGAAUGGUUCGCCGAAACUUGGCCCCCAUCUUUCCCCCAGUCCGAAUCUUCCGCAUUUUAUGAAAUCAUUCCCAUCGCCAUAGCCAGCUACAUCUGGGGCCCUCUUUGGAAACGUAAACGUAUAAUCACCCUAUGUGACAACAUCGCAAUGGUCGAAGCCAUAAAUAAAGGCCGAUCUUCCUCCAAAGCUAUUAUGCCGUACAUCCGCCACAUUACCCGGAAAUCAGUCAUGCACAAUUCCAUUAUUUCCACCCGCCACGUCCCUGGUUACUCUAACUCCAUCGCUGAUGCUCUCUCUCGCUUAAAAUUUCAGGUCUUCCGCAGUCUGUGUCCAUCUGCCAACCCCUUUCCCGCUCCGAUACCACCCUUAGAAGACCUGAAGCUGGACUAA